UUGCAAGCGACUUUAUGUUUUCCCCAACAGCGAAUCCCCAAAUCGCCUCCAAGUUUAGCCCCGGAAUGGGUCAUCGGGCCCCAGAAUCAAGAGCUGGACUGCCUGAUAAACCAGGUUAAGGGGCAGGAACCCACGAGCUCGGCAAGUAUAAUGAUGGGAAGUCCUGCAAUAUAUAACAGCUCCGCGCCGAUAUGUACUGGAUUGAUGGAACGGUCUUUUCCUUGAGCUGUGAUUCCUCCUCCAGCCCUUCUUAUCAUGAUGGUGGGAAUGUGGGACUCUGUUGCGGCCGCCUUUGUGGUUCUAACUGCCCUUGCGCCAGUUUCCUUAGGCCAGGGGAACACGACGGUGUACAAAGAUGCUCACGCUCCAGUUGAGAGCAGAGUCGCAGAUCUGCUCUCGCGGAUGACAAUCGAGGAGAAGACAUCUCAACUAGUCCAAGGAGAUCUUAGGAAUUGGUUAGACGAAAACACCUUCGCCUUCAACCAAACCGGUCUAGAGUUCAACAUGAAGUAUCGAGGCGGCCAGUUCUACGUCGGAGUUCCUAUACCAUGGAACGAGCUCAGCGAGGGCAUCAAGAAGGGACAAGACUACCUGAUGAAACAAACGAGACUCGGCAUUCCAGCAUUUGCGCAGACUGAGGGCAUUCAUGGUUUUCUUAUCCCGAAUGCCACGAUUUUCAACUCGCCGAUAUCCCUCGCCUGUUCCUUCAAUCUGGAUCUGGUUGAAAAGAUGGGUAUAGCCAUAGCUAAUGAAUCCAGAGCAUUGGGAGUAAACCAGAUAUUCGGUCCCGUUGUGGACUUAGCUCGCGAGCUUCGGUUUGGCCGUGUGGAGGAGACCUAUGGAGAAGACCCCUAUUUGGCCGGAGAAAUGGGAUACGCAUACGUGAAAGGUCUCCAGUCUCUCAACGUGACGGCUAUGGUGAAGCACUUUGCCGCCUUCGGAACACCCGAACAGGGCGUUAACACGGCACCGGUUCACGGUGGCGAGCGUGAACUUCGAACUACCUAUCUUCCUCCAUUCAAGCGAGCUAUCAUUGAUGGCAACGCAUUCUCGAUCAUGAGCGCCUAUCAUAGCUACGACGGGAUCCCUGCAGUUGCUGACAAGCAUAUUUUGACCGAAAUACUUCGCGGCGAAUGGGGCUAUAAAUAUUUCGUUUCAAGCGACGCAGGAGGUACUGAUCGGCUAUGUACCUCUUUUGGAAUGUGUGAGGCUAGACCGAUAGAUUCCCACGCAGUCAUCAAUUAUGCCCUUCCCGCUGGAAAUGACGUUGAGAUGGGCGGUGGCUCCUUCAACUUCGAAAAAAUCCCCGAAAUGGUUGAAGCGGGAACACUGUCAAUCGAAGUUGUUGAUGAAGCCGUCUCGCGAGUACUGCGCGCCAAAUUUGAAGCUGGCAUGUUCGAAACUCCCUUUACAGGGGUCGCCGAAGAGGAGCAAGCCGAUUACAUCCACACGCCAGAGGUUCUUGAGCUAGCACGUCAGCUUGACGCUGAGUCCAUCGUUCUUCUUGAGAAUCAUAAUAAUAUCCUCCCAUUGAAAAAGGAUGCCAAUAUCGCCGUUAUCGGGCCUAUGGCACAUGGCUUCAUGAACUACGGAGACUAUGUGCCCUACUUAUCACAGUAUAGAGGUGUAACACCCCUUGAUGGUAUCAAGGCUGCGAGUGAGGGCACCGUCACCUACGUGAAAGGCUGUGAGCGGUGGUCAAGCGACCAGUCAGGAUUCGACGAGGCCAUAGCCGCUGCUGAGUCGGCGGACGUCGCUGUUGUAGUGGUAGGAACGUGGUCUCGCGACCAAAACGAACUAUGGGCUGGCUUGAACGCGACGACUGGCGAGCACGUCGAUGUCCAUAGUCUCAACCUUGUAGGCGCGAUGCCGCAUCUUGUCAAGGCCAUUAUCGAUACAGGCAAGCCAACGGUGGUAGUGUUCAGCUCUGGCAAGCCUAUUACAGAACCCUGGAUUUCCGAUGCCGCUUCGGCGCUAUUGCAGCAAUUUUACCCGUCAGAACAGGGCGGGAAUGCUCUGGCUGAUGUGUUGUUCGGCGAUGUCAACCCGUCUGGCCGCCUUUCUGUCUCAUUCCCUCACGAUGUCGGCACCACGCCCAUCUACUACGACUACCUCAACUCAGCGCGCGCAUCGCCUGAUCCGGGCGCCGUAUACCCUAACGGCACUCUUGUGUUCGGUCACAACUACGUGCUCUCGACGCCAUUGCCACUAUAUAGUUUCGGCUAUGGUCUCUCAUACAGCGCUUUCUCGUAUAAGAACUUAGUCCUGUCACAGGAAACAGCUUCGGCUAGCGACACAAUCACAGUAAGUGUGGACGUAACAAACGGCUCGGACCGCGACGGCGCCGAAGUCGUGCAGCUUUAUGUCAAAGACAUGAUAAGCAGCGUUGUUGUGCCUAAUAAGGAGUUGAAGGGGUUUGCCAAGGUCAACAUCAAGGCGGGUGCCACUGAGACGGUUAGCAUUGAGCUCAAGGUUGAGUCGCUCGGCCUUUGGGAUCUGUCUAUGAAGUACGUCGUCGAGCCAGGUGCCUUCACCAUCGCUAUCGGACACUCAAGCAAUGAUUUACGAGCGAAAGCUACGCUCACAGUUGUUUGAACUUCACCCCAUUCACCCAUUCACGGGUGUGUCUGUGAUAUUAGGCAGAUCUACUAGAGACUUACAUUAAUUUGAUGGCCACGUCCUACGCGUGCCAUUAUCGUAUCAUACGUAUUCGGUCGAAGCCUUCUUCAUCCCUAGCCGCAUCUUGAACG